AUGGGGUCUGCGCCGCCGCCUGCGGCCGAUCAGCUGCACACUCACUCCCCGUCCCCUUCCCUUCCGCCGGCGAAUGUGACUCAGGGCAUUAUGGGGAAGCAUCGGAUGACCGCUGCGAUUGCUUUUCUUAAUCAACAGAUUCAAAUCCUUCAGGAUGAGAUAGACGAGCUUGAUAAUAUUGGUGGAGUCUCUACUGUCUGCCCCGAGCUUAUCGCAAGCGUCGACACUGUUCCAGAUGCUCUACUUCCUGUGACGAGAGGUCCGGCUGAUGUGGGCUGGGACAGGUGGUUCCAAGGAGCCCAUUCCUCAAGAAGCCGCAGGCGAUGGAUUUGA